GAGCGUCUCAAUAUACAUGUUGGGGCUUCUGAGUCUGGACCGGUACAUCGCUAUAAUACACCCCCUACACUAUAAUGUUUAUUGCAGUAAAAAGAGGGCAUAUGUUGCCAUGGUUACCGUUUGGGUGUUUAGUUUCAUGUUUUGGUUGCUCUCAGUUUUAGGGAUUAGCCGAGUCAUCUAUAUAGAUAGUGUAAUGUUAUGUAAUCCAGAUCCUUCGACUGCCCCUGUACUUGCAAUAUCUGCAAUCAUCCUAAUCUUACUGAUAACAUCCAUCGUCAUACUCUACUGCUCUAUCAAGAUAUUAAAUGUGGUUAUAAGACAGUCAAAACAAAUUUCACCCGAAGGUGGUCGGAGCAAAAGUUGGUCCAUGAAGUCAAGCAUGAAGGGGAUCCGAACGUUAUUGGUUAUUGUGACAGGUUUCUAUGUUGCCUGGACACCACAUUGUACUGAAUGGAUUGUGGUACUGGUUGUGCCAUCCGCAAUAAUACCUGUAUGGGUACAGCGAAUGAGCAGAUUGUUAUGUAAUUCAAACUCUUUCUGGAACGCUAUCAUAUAUACCGUCACUAAUUCUCAGUUCAGGAGAGCUGCCCUUCGUAUGCUUUGCUGCAACAAAGCAACGUUUUCUGAGAACACUUGAUCGACGAUGAACCACUUGUACGAAUUGCCGGACUUCCUAAUUAAUGACACAAAAGAACAUUAUGAUGCUGAUGAUCAAUAUGAAGAAAGGACAAUAGCAAGAAAUAAUUCGUGUUAAGCCUCUUACUUCUCUAUUGAACUAGUUUCCUCUAGCCCCUCUUAUAUACCCCUCGUGUAGGAAAUUCCAAUGCUCGAAACAAAGUGCCCUUGUUAUGUGUAUAACGAUGGCACAUUACCUGAUUAAUGGCGUUGUGUAAAAAUAUUGAUCUUUAUGUUACUUGAUUAGUAUUUGAUUUUGAUAGUUAUUUUUGAAUUCAGACAAUGAACCUCGUUUUGAAUAAACUUUUUCAUUUUCAUUCACCAUUACUUUAUUUCUAUAAGAAUCAUAGCAUGGAAAAUUGCUCUAAACUUAGUGAGCAAUUCAUUCAUUUUUAAGAAUUGUGACAUUUUGGAAGUUUUUAAGAUAUUUUCUGUUUUUCAGAUUUUUGGAGCCCAUUGUUACUUUUUUAUUGGGGCUGACGUUUCAUUUCAUUUCAUUUGAAUUACAAACGCAGUGGCUGAGGGAAAUAUCGAUAUCAUCCGAGGG